GUCAACCACUUGCAGCACUCUCUCUCUCUCUCUCCGGUCUCCAAACCAAUCAAGUUCCAGAACCACCUUUCAACGUUGCCUAACAAUCGGUUCCUCCGUUUUUGUCAACAAAAAUCCUCCAUCCAUCCCUCUGGUUUUUGCAUUGUAGUAGAAGAAGAUUUGACGAAGAUGAAGAAGAUCUUCGGCGUCAAGAAAGAUAAAGAGCCCCCUCCUUCCAUUAAUGACGCCACCGAUAGGAUCAGUAAAAGGGGUGAAACAGUGGAUGAAAAGAUCAAAAAGCUUGAUGCUGAACUUAGUAGAUACAAAGAACAGAUUAAAAAAACAAGACCUGGUCCUGCUCAAGAAGCUAUUAAAGCUCGAGCCAUGAGGGUUCUCAAGCAAAAGCGAAUGUAUGAAGGACAACGGGAUAUGCUGUACAAUCAGACAUUCAAUCUUGAUCAAGUUGCCUUUGCUGCCGAGGGAAUUAAAGAUGCUCAGCAAACUAUGUCAGCUUUGAAAUCUGCAAACCAGGAGUUGAAAGGAAUGAUGAAAACAGUGAAGAUCCAAGAAAUUGAUAAUUUGCAAGAUGAGAUGAUGGACCUAAUGGAUGUGAGUAAUGAAAUUCAAGAGACCCUGGGUAGAAGCUAUAAUGUGCCGGAUGACAUUGAUGAGGAAGACCUUAUGGGUGAGCUUGAUGCUUUGGAAGCGGACAUGGGAAUGGAAACUGAAGCUGAUGGGGUGCCCUCUUAUCUUCAACCCGAUAAAGAACCUGAUUUGGAUGCAGAGCUCAACUUGCCUUCAGCACCCUCUGGACAAGCUGUGCCAGCUGGCAGAUCCAAUGCCCAGGCUCAUGACGAACUGGGUUUACCUGCUGUCCCUCGUGCCUCCAUUCGUGGUUAGGAAUUAUUACUGUCUAUCCGAGACUCUCUGUUGGGUGUAGAUUUAUUUUUUUGAUAGAAGCUGGAUAGAACAAGCUCUCGUCCGUUAACAUUGUGCAGAACCGAAACUUUUGAUUGAUAUAGUGCUUUAUCUUUUGUGGCC